CGAGGCUCCACAGUCCCGACGUCGUGCUGUCCUGGCCGGCCUGCUUCAGCGUGCGGAGGGCUCCCUCUAGGUGUUGGGUGACCAUAAGGAUGUCUGAUGAGUGAAAUGACCCAAUGGAACUUUGAAGACUGAUUCGACAGCAAGAAAGGAAUCCUGGGAUCUUCAAUGGCAGGAGAAAGAGUGACCAGAAGACCGAGAUGAAUUUUAACACUAUCCUAGAAGAGAUUCUUAUUAAAAGGUCACAGCAGAAAAAGAAGACAUCACCGCUAAACUACAAAGAAAGACUUUUUGUACUUACCAAAUCCGUGCUAACCUACUAUGAGGGUCGAGCAGAGAAAAAAUACAGAAAGGGAUUCAUUGAUAUUUCAAAAAUCAAGUGUGUGGAAAUAGUGAAGAAUGAUGAUGGUGUCAUUCCCUGUCAAAAUAAAUAUCCAUUCCAGGUUGUUCAUGAUGCUAACACACUUUAUAUUUUUGCACCUAGUCCGCAAAGCAGGGACCGAUGGGUGAAGAAGUUAAAAGAAGAAAUAAAGAACAACAAUAACAUUAUGAUUAAAUAUCAUCCUAAGUUUUGGGCAGACGGAAGUUACCAGUGUUGCAGACAAACGGAAAAACUAGCACCCGGAUGUGAAAAAUACAAUCUUUUUGAGAGCAGUAUAAGGAAAACACUGCCCCCAGCACCAGAAGCAAAGAAGAGAAGGCCUCCUCCACCAAUUCCCCCGGAAGAAGAAAGUACUGAGGAAAUAGUUGUAGCGAUGUAUGAUUUCCAAGCAACAGAAGCACAUGACCUCAGGUUAGAGAGAGGCCAAGAGUAUAUAAUACUGGAAAAGAAUGACGUCCACUGGUGGAGAGCAAGAGAUAAGUAUGGGAGUGAAGGAUAUAUUCCAAGUAAUUAUGUUACAGGAAAGAAAUCAAACAACUUGGAUCAAUAUGAAUGGUAUUGCAGAAAUACCAACAGAAGCCAAGCCGAGCAACUCCUCAGGACUGAAGAUAAAGAAGGUGGUUUUAUGGUGAGAGACUCCAGUCAACCAGGCUUGUACACAGUCUCCCUUUAUACAAAGUUUGGGGGAGAAGGUUCAUCAGGUUUCAGGCACUAUCACAUAAAGGAAACAGCAACAUCUCCAAAGAAGUAUUACCUAGCAGAAAAGCAUGCUUUUGGGUCAAUUCCUGAGAUCAUUGAAUAUCAUAAGCACAACGCAGCAGGGCUUGUCACCAGACUGCGGUACCCGGUUAGCACCAAGGGGAAGAAUGCACCAACUACUGCAGGCUUCAGCUAUGAGAAGUGGGAGAUCAACCCCUCAGAGCUGACUUUUAUGAGGGAGUUGGGCAGUGGGCUGUUUGGAGUGGUGAGGCUUGGAAAAUGGCGAGCGCAGUACAAAGUGGCCAUUAAAGCCAUUCGGGAAGGUGCCAUGUGUGAGGAGGAUUUUAUAGAGGAAGCUAAGGUCAUGAUGAAGCUCACACACCCCAAGCUGGUGCAGCUCUAUGGCGUAUGCACCCAGCAGAAACCCAUCUACAUCGUUACCGAGUUCAUGGAACGGGGCUGCCUUCUGAAUUUCCUCCGACAGAGACAAGGCCAUUUCAGUAGGGAUGUGCUGCUGAGCAUGUGUCAGGAUGUGUGCGAAGGGAUGGAGUACCUGGAGAGAAACAGCUUCAUCCACAGAGACCUGGCUGCCAGAAAUUGUCUAGUGAAUGAAGCCAGAGUUGUGAAGGUAUCUGAUUUUGGAAUGGCCAGGUAUGUACUGGAUGAUCAGUACACAAGUUCCUCUGGUGCCAAGUUCCCCGUGAAGUGGUGUCCCCCGGAAGUGUUUAAUUACAGCCGCUUUAGCAGCAAGUCAGACGUCUGGUCAUUUGGUGUUCUAAUGUGGGAAGUAUUCACAGAAGGUAGGAUGCCCUUUGAGAAGAACACCAAUUACGAAGUGGUAACCAUGGUUACUAGAGGCCACCGACUCCACCGGCCGAAGUUGGCGUCCAAAUAUUUGUAUGAGGUGAUGCUGAGGUGUUGGCAGGAGAAACCAGAGGGAAGGCCUUCGUUUGAAGAUUUGCUGCGUACGAUAGAUGAACUGGUUGAAUGUGAAGAAACUUUUGGAAGAUAGAUGGUGGCUAUGGUGUCCAAGGCAAGACGAAGAAAUGGCAUGCUGUGAGGAACGUAGUUCACGUGGCACCCGGGAGUACAGAUGGCUCUCCUUCCGAUGUGGGAACUCCAAAGCCUUUGUUUCUGGUUCAGCCUCAGCUCUGUGACUGCUGUGUAGGGUGUAGAGAUGGUGUCAUGGAGCGUGUGGCUUGGAUCACUCACUUGCUCAUCCCUUCAAGAGCUCGAGUGCCAACAGUGGAGCAGGCACCGAGCCCAGGCCUCAGGGUUUGCUCAUUUUGGAGAUGGACCUGGGGCUAUGUUAGCUGGUGCUAGUAGAAAAGCCAAGAUGUUUGGGAGGGGGAAGAGCCAUGUUCCAGGAACUCUUCUGUGCCCUUGGUUUCUACAUCAACCCGGGCCUGAAGUGUGGUCUACAACCACGUUCUAGGUAAAACAGGAACCCACCCAAAUAAGUGGUAAUCCUCUGUUUUUAAAACAUCUCUUUCCAAACCUGUUCUUACUAUUACAUUUAAAAAUCUGUAUACUGUACAUAUUGUAAAUACAUAUAAUAUAUAAAGUUAUAUAUUUAUAAGAAA